AUGCCGACUCCACGUACGGAAAGAUUUGUGGCGAGCCCAGUGCUCCUCUCCUCCCUGCAGCAGCAGCAGCAGCAGCUGCAGCAGCAGCAGCAGCUGCAGCAGCAGCAAGAGCUGCCGACGCAGCAGCAGAUACACCACCAGCACUUGCAGCAGCAGUCACGACAGCAGCAGCAGCAGCAGCAGCAGACGCCACAGGUUAGUGCAUCGUCAGCGAUGCAGCAGCUUCUCCAGCUAAGGCAGCAGCAGUUGCAGCAUGAACAGCCACAGCAACUGCAGCAGCAGCAGCAGCAGCAGCAGCAGCCACUGCAGCACCGCUUCCCGCGGGCGCCUAGGUCAUUAGGUUCCGUGGGCCCCCCAACGUUGCAGCGAGCAGCAACAGCAGCAGCAGCAGCAGCAGCAGCAGCACCUGCUGCUGCUGCCCCUUCGCAGGCAUUUGCGUCAGGUUUACGAAGCAACAGCAGCAGCAGCAGCAGCAGCAGCAGCAGCAGCAGCAGGGCGCCUUGGCCCACGCCCCCGAGGCCCGCAGCUAUUGAACCCCAGCCGGCAGAGCCUGCUUCUUCCCGCAGCAGAAGUGCAGCAGCAGCAACAGCAGCAAACCGAGGCAGCAGCAGCAGCAGCAUCAGCAGCAUGAGAUACAUUGGGCAGCAGCAGCAACGGAAGCAGCAGCAGCAGCAGCAGCAGCACGAAGCUGCUCCUAUCAGCUACGCCAGCAGCAGAAACCCCCUCUCCCGCAGCAGCAGCAACAGCAGCUUUGUCAGUGGCUCAGAGACCGAGGACGACGCCCCCAACAGGCCAGGCCAGCAGCAGAAACCCCCUCUCCCGCAGCAGCAGCAACAGCAGCUUUCACCUGCUACUGAUGCAGGAACUGAUGCAGCUACGGAGGAGGCGUGGAGCGACGCGCCGACAGAGCCAAGCGACCUAGAGGCAGAGGCUGCAACGCAGCUGCAGCAGCAGCAGCAGCAGCAGCAGCAGCAGCAUCUGCUGCAGCAGCAGCGGCGGCAGCAGCUGCCCCCCAUGCAGCCUACACCGCUGGCGCAAGCUCAGGCUAUGCUGAGGCGCCUGCGGAACCAGUGA